AUGGCCAGCAUCAGCAGCGUUUUAAAUGCAGCCAGCGUCAGCAGCAGCAAUAGCAACAGUAACAGUAGCAGCAGCAUUAGCUCCAACGCAACCGGGCUGCCAUCACUAUUUGCCGGCAGUAGCAGCAACAGUGGCAGCAAUAGCAACAGCGGCAGCAAUAGCAGCUGCAGCAUCGGCAUAGCAUCGGCAGCAACAAGCCACAACGCCGUGAACCACAACCACCAGCACCAACACCAACCACAACACCACAACAACAACGUUGCCGCCAAAGAUAUGGACGGACUGAUUGCCAUCAAUGAUAGCGCAUUAUCGCAACAAAUCGAAUUUAUACUACAAGAUGCUCCCAUGGAGCAGGAUGACGAACAGCAUCAUCACCAUCAUCACCAUCAUCGUCAUCAUCAUCACCAUCAUCUGCAACAGCAGCAGCAACAGCAGCUCCACAUGGCAACGGCAGCGAAGCUCGACAACCACCCACCGACAACAACAAAUGCAACAAUAACGACAACAACAACAAACAGCGCUUCCGCAUACAUCAAC